AUGAUAAUAAAAUCAAAAAGAAGACGACCCAAUAAGACAUAUUAGCUUGCCAAACUAACUAAAUUAAGUGAUUAAGUGAUUAGAGAUCAACAAAAUUCUAUUUUGAAUUAGAAUAACUUAUCUUUAUUUAAGACUCAAUAAGGAUAACACUAGAAUUAAUAAUUAAGGGGAGGUGGAUUUGCAAUGUCAAGCUGUAGGUUUGGACAAGCCCCUUAAGCUUAAGAAAUAUAAAAUCUAACUGAAAAUAUGACAUUGUAUGAAUAAGAAUUGCCAGAAAAUUUUAAAAAUGAAUUUGAUGAUUCUGUCAAUGACAUUAAAGAUGGAUUCCGUAAUUUGUUUAAUAACUCAAUAAAAAAUAAAAUAAUAAUAAGAAUUUAAUGGUUCAGUUAUAAUAAAAAUAUUUUAAAUAAAUUAUGCAUUUAAUCUGAAAUUAAAUCAGAUUUAAAAAAUAAAAUAAUUGAUAAUUUAAAGUAUCUAUUGGAUGCAUUGCCUAAUUAUUUAGAAGUUUCUUGGUUUUUGAGUUAUUAAAUAGCAUAAAUAUGCAAUGACUUGCUUAGAAUUCUUUAUUCACAAUAAUUAGAUAAUUCAUAGGAUAUUUUAAAAAAGGUGAACUAUUUUUCUGAAUAAUUAACAAAUGGAUCAGAUAAUAUAUGGAAAGGUGGUCUUGAAUUCGAAAAAACCUUAAUGGAAAUUAUGUUAAAUAAUCUUAAAGAACCUGGAAAAGAACUAGAUCUUCUCAUUAAAAUGGCUAAAGGUGUUGGAGAAUCUAUUUUAGAAGGCAAAAUAACAAAAAAAUUAUUGUCAAGUCUUAAAAAAGGAGCAAAAUACUUAGCAAAAAAAAUAGUAAAUAAAGGACUAUAUCCAAUAGAAAUAUAUUAAACUUAUUAUUUAUUUUAAAUAAUAAAAUGGAGAAUUAUUGAAACAGAAUCUCAUUCAGUCUAUUCAGCAAUAUUAACUUUAAAAAGCCUUUUUUAAUAAUAUAUCUAAGAAUCAAAUAAUUGGAUUUUGCAUUUUUGUUGGAUUUAGACCAUAACAGAUAUUAUACUCUAUCGACCAAUUAUAGAAAAGAAUUUAUUAUUGUAAUAAAACCUUUAAGAAAUAACUAUGAUUUAAGAACUAGCAUUUGAUCAUAAAAAAGCAAUCAUUUUAUUCUUUGAUUAAUAAUUAAAUCCAAGCUUGAAUUCAAUAAUUAGUAAGUACAAAAGGAAUGAACUUUAAUUACUCUGCUAAAGCUUGAUAGAUGAAUAAUUUGCAAAUAAUUAAAAUUUAUGGGAUUACUAUACUAACUUUCGUUUUAUUUCUAGUGAAAAAGAUGAUAUUAAGUAAAAUAAUAUUAUUCAAGUGAAUAGAGAAUAGGAACUAUUAAAAAAAUUAUUUGAAUAAUUAAAAGUUCUUGUUGAUUAAAUUCAGUACACAUAAAUUGAAAUUAAAGAAACUUUGAUAGCUUAAGUUGAAAAAAAUUAAAUAUCAAAAUAAUUAUUUGAUGAUCAUAAAAAUAGAUUAUUUUGUAAAUAUUUUGAUUAAUGGAAGAAAGCAAUCUACAUUAUAAAUAUGAUUUUAGAUUUUUUGAAUUUUGAUUAUGAAAAACUUAAAAUAUUAGAAAAUCUAGAACUAUUUCGUUAAGAGGAACCAUUUUCAAACAUUUUUAAAUAAAUCUAAAAAUUUUUCUAAGUGGAAUUCCAACAAUUUUAUAAAAGUUUCUUAAAUGAUUUUUUUGAAGAAAUAUCUUUCAUAAGUAAUCUUGCAUUCUAAGAAUAAAAAGAAAUUAAAAUAAACAAUCAGUAUAGCAGAAUAAACAUUUAAGAAAAUUUACCAUUAGAUAGUUUUAUAUCUUUUCUUCAUACACUCAAUGAAUUAUAAAUUUUAAUUGAAUCUAAAAAUGACAAUGAUGUGAAAAUUACACAUUUAAAUAAAAAAACUAUAAAUGAAUUUUUUGAAAAAAUUAUUUAAGGUAAUUGGAUUAGACAUAUAGCCUUUAAAAUUUUAGAAUAAUUUUAAGAAAAAUUUCAAUUUAUGAGUGAUGAUUUAAACUAAAUUUCCGAAAUUAGAAGUUAAAUCAUCAAAUGCCAAAUCAGUAUAUAAACCAUAAGCUUUUUAAAAUAAUUUUAUGAAGUUCAAAUUGAGAAGAUAAAAAGAAUAAAAAGAAAGUUCUGGAUAUAUUUAAUUUAGGAUUAAUAAUAAAAUUAAAUGAAAGAAACAAGUUUUAUCAAAAGAUUUAGUGAUUUAUUAAAGAAAUAACAAAAUAAUUUGACUACUUUUAGAGAGAUUGUAAGUAAAAAUUUCAACGUUGAUAUAAUUAGGUAGAAUUUUGAAUAGAUUGAUUUAGAAAUUGAAUAAGAUAUAAAGACAAUUAAAAUAGAAUUACAGAAAGUAAAAGAGGAAGAGAAAGAAAAAGAAAAAGAGAAAGUAAAAGAGUAAUAAAAUGAGACAGAGAAAGAGAAAGAGACAGAGAAAGUAAAAGAACAAGAAUAAAAAGAAAAAUAAGAAUAAGAAUAAGAAUAUAAGAAAGGAAUUAAGCUGUUGCUUGAAUUUUAAGCAUUAUUUAUAAUAUUUUUAAGAAAUACUAAUGAGCCAAAGAAUAAUUAAUAAGAAAAAUCAGAAAAUAAUAAUUCAUAAAUAUAGGAUGAGCAAUCUUUAGUAAAAUAUGGUUAAGAAUUCCUUGAUAAAUUUGAUAAAUUAUUAGAGAGAUUGAGAAUAAUUAUACAGGAAUUUUAAAAGAGAAAAGAAUCAGAAAGCUAAAAGGAUAAAAUCUCAUAUUUCGAAAUUGAACGUUGUGAAUAUUGGUCUAUUUUAUAUGAGACUACUAUUAAUAAACUUAAGAGUGCUAUGAAAUUUUAUUAAGUAUAUAAGAAGUUCUUAUUAAUUUAUUUAGAUUUAUUUAAUUAUUCGAAUUCAGAUUCAGAUAAAAACAAUUAAUUAUAAGAAAAUGAUGAUUUCAGAAGGUAAAUUAUAAAUUUUAAGAAUUAAAAUAUAGAAUGUAUUGAUCAACUAGAAUACUAAAUAAAAACUCAAUUCAUUGAUUUAACAAUUUAAGUAGAAAAACCCAACCAUGAUCUUACUUUGAUACAAUUUUUAACAUUUUUUGAAAUGGAAAUAAAUGAUUAAUAAACUGAAAAUUAAGCUGAAGAUGAAAUCAAUAUUGGAGUAUUACUAGAAAUAAAAGAUUAUUUUUAAUAGAAAAAAAAUGAAAUAGAAAAUAUUAUUGAAGCAAAGGAUUAUAAAGUAGGAGAAUGUUUAGUUUAUAAUUUAAUUAGACUUUAAAAUAGUAACUUAGAGGAUUAGAUAAUAAAUUUUGCUUCUCAAAAAUUAUAAUAAAUUUGGGUUUUUGAGUAAAAUCCAAGAGUAAGAAGUUUGUUAAAAAAUAAAGAAUUAAUUGACAUGUAAAAAUAGAUUUUUUCAAGAGAUAUUUAAACAAUGUCUGAUUAAAUUAAAUAAGAAAUUUAACAUAAAAUGUAAAAUGUAGAAUUUCUUUAAUAAUAAAUUAGACUAUAAGGAAAUCCAUAAGAAAGGGAAAACCUUUAAUAAUAAUUAAAACUAUGUUAUAAAUAACUUGAUGAAUCAAUUGAUAACGUAUCUGAAAUGUCUGAAGCAAUGAAUAUAACUCUUAUGUUUUUGAAAGACAUAUCAAAAGAUGUGAAAUCUAUAAAAAUUUCAAUAGAUAAUUUACAAAAUAGCUUAUAGGAAAUUGGAAAUGAAAUUAGAAAGCUAAGAGGGAAAAAAUAUGAUGAACUUCUUCAAAUAAGAAAAUAAAAGAUUCUUUAAUAAGCCUAGUAAUAGAAAGUAGAUUCUAUAUAUGUUUAAUUAUAAACAAUAGAAAGAAGUCCUAUAAAUGGUAGCUUAAAACCUGGAUCUUUUUUGUUAAAAGAAUAAAUUUAGGAUAGGAAUGGAGAAGUUAAUGAAUUUAUAUGGCAUGAAACUUUAGCAAUAAAGGGUAAUACUGAAGAAAAGGAUGUAAUGUUAUUAUCUGGUUUUGCAGGUUCAGGAAAGAGUAGAGCAGCUAAAAAAAUAGAAGAGUUUAUUUGGUAAUCAUAAGGUAUUUAAUCUGAAUGGAUUCCAAUUUUUGUAUCUCUACCAACUUUAAAAAAUCCUAAAUAUAAUUUAUUAGAUUAAGCUUUAGAAUCUGAAAAUUAUUAAUUUGAUAAAUACUAAAUAAAAGAAUUCAAAGAUGCAAUUUGUAAAAAGAAAGCAAAAGUAGUAUUAAUUUUAGAUAGUUACGAUGAGAUGAAGUAGGAUUGUAUUUAAUAAAAUCUUAUUAUGACAAACAAAUUAAUAUAAGAUCUAAAUGUUGACAAAUCUGAUAGACAACUUAAAAUAAUAAUUACAACAAGAAGAGAAAUUUUAAAUACUGAUGGUUAUGAAACAUGGUUUUAUGGCGAUAGUUUGUCAACUUUAAAAGAAGUUUAAUUAUUAAACUUUAAUUAAGAGUAGUAAUAUAGAUAUUUAGAAAAGUAUUGUAAGUUGAGUAUUAAGAGAACUUUAAGGAGAAUUUAUGAAUUUGUGAAAUAAGUUUAAGGAUAGAAUUUUGAUUUAGCAGAGUUUAUUAAAAUAUGGAAUUCUAUACUAAAUUAAGUUAAAUAAUGCUUAUGUUAUUCAUAAUUUAAUAGAUUAGAUUCAAUAUUUUAAGAUAAUUAAGAAGAGAUUAUAAUUCAAAAAAUCAAAUAAUAAUCAGUUUUUAAAUAUUUAUCAGAUGAACAAAUUACAGGAUUUAGAAAGGAUCUUUUAAAUUUGUGGAGUGUAAAUAAGUUUGUUAAGUCUAUUAAUUCAGUUAAUAUUUAGAAUCUAUUGACAACUCCAUUUAUGUUAGAAAUUAUUGUUUAGGUAUUGCCAUCUAUGACCAAGAAAUAUCAAGGAUCUAUAGAAAUUAAAGAAAAUUUUAGAAAAUAUUAUUUGAGCAUUAACAAAAGAGCCAAAUUAUCAAGGAAUUUGAAUUAAUAAUUUCAAUAGAAAAUGGAAGAAUCUUUAAAUAAUAAAUAAUAAAAUUAAAUUAAUUAUGUUUAGGAGGAUAAUAAGUCUAUUAUAAAGAGUUCAAGGAUAUAGAAAACUUAAAAAAAACGAAAAAUUGACUAAAUAAUUGAUGCUCUUGAUAGUAUAAAGUUUUUUUAAUUUUAUUCAAUCGAUAGUAACAUUUAAUUAAAAGAGGGAAAAAUUAAUAUUGAUGGAUAAAAUUUACAAGUAAAUGUUAAUAAUGUUGAUAUAGUUGUUAUGGCAUUAAAAAUGAAGAAAUUUACUGCUUUUGAAUUCUAUGAAAGUUUUAUUAGCUUCUACCAUGAAUAGUAAAUUUAAAAAUAAAGAGAAUUAGGAAAAGUUUCAAAUUAUGAAAGCUUUGCUUAAGAUAUUUAUUAAUUUUCAUAAUCUUUAGCUUUGGAUUUGACAAUUAGAGAUUUAUCUUAAAUUAAUUAUAAAUAAAAAGGGUAAUUGUUAUUAUAAAGUAAUUAUAAAGCAAUUUAAGAUGUAGAUGAUUGGUAAGAUUAAUAUUUAAGUGAUUCAUAUACUGAUAAAGAAUAUAAAAAGUUGAUAAGAAGCAGUAUUCUUUUAACUACAAAAGGAAGUACUUACUAAUUUACUCAUAAAUCUAUAUAAGAAUUUUUUGUUGCCUAAUAUGUGAAUAAUUUUUUGGUUUCUCUGGGAAAUUUCAGUUAAUCUUAGAAUUAAGAACUCUAGAAUUUAAAUCACUUAAAAACAUCUCUGUUUAAUUUAUCAACUUUUAAUUUAUCAUGUGAAGCAUUCAGAGGAGCAAAUUAUUUCAUAAAAGAUAAACUAUUGAAUGCAGAAAUCAAUUAAAAAUUGAUUGAUAUAGUAAUGUUAUCUAGGAGAAAAGAAUUUUGUAGAGCAGCCUCAAAUAGUAUUUAUUUACUAAGUUUGAUGAAUAUUUAUUUGGGAUUUUAAAACUUUAGUUCUAUUUAAUUAGCUGAUACAAAUAUAUCUGGUUUAAGUUUCUUUGAAUCUGAUUUGAGUAAUUCUAAUUUUUAGAAUGUAAUAAUAAAUUCCUGCAAUUUUAAUUAAGCUAUUUUAUCUGAUAUUAUGUGGGAGGUGAUAUGCAAAGAAAAGCCUUAUUUAGCUGGUAAUAAACAUUUAUCUUGCUUUAAGUCUGUUGCAUUUUCUCCUGAUGGUAAAUAUAUAGCAUCAGGAGGAGAGAAAGGAAUUGUUAAAUUAUGGGAUCCUCAAACUUAUAUUUUUAUUUAAGAUUUAAUACCUCAACAUAAAGGUUGUAUCUAAUAGCUUUAGUUUUCAUCUGAUUCUUAACUUUUAAUCUCUUGUGAUUCAAGUGGCAAUAUCAAAUUUUGGGAUAUCCUGAACUUCACUUAAAAACUAAUUAAAGGUCCUGAUUUCAUAGAAAAAAUAAACUAAUUUUAUUUGACCGAAGAUUCUAAGAAAAUAUUCAUUCUAACUGAAAAAAAAUUCAUCAUUUAAGAAUUUGAUUAAUUAUUUCAAGAAACAAACAAAAUUGAAUCAGAAAUAAAUCAAUUUUUAAUUUCUCUUAUAAAUAAAAAUCUAGAUUUUGUUUUAUUUCAUGAAAAUAUUAUUCCAAAUUUAAGUUAACUUACAAAAUUAUUGGAUAAACUUAAUGAAAACAUUGAUCUAAUAGUUUUUAGUCCAGAUGGAAAAUUGAUUUCUGUUGUUGCUAAUAAGUUCAUUAUCAAAAUUUUUGAACUUGGAGGUAAUUUAUUUGGUGAAUAUAAAACUCAAUUCAGAAUUUAUUCUUUAUAGUUUACUUCUGAUAGUAGAAAUCUAAUUUUAGGAGGAGAAAAGACAAUAAUUAUGAAAGAAAUAGACUUUUUUAAAAUAGGUUCUUUUUAAAUCAACUAACAAAUUUUUGAAAAAAUUAAAUGCUAAGAAAUUUGUAUAUCUCCUAACAAUAAUCAAAUUAUUGUUCUCGUCAUAGAAAAAGCAAUUUAAUUAAUAGAUAUUAAAACAAAUAAUCUUUUAAAUUAGAUAAAAUUUAAUUACUAACCUAAGAAUAUUAUUACUUCUUCAGAUGGAUUAUAACUAGCUUUUAUUUUAUAAAAUGAAGAUGGUCAUAUUGUAGAAUUUUAAAUAUUAGAUUUCAACACUCUUAAAACCAAAAUACAAAUUUAGUGGAAUGAAAAUUUUUGGAAUUUAUAUUUAUUAUCUGGUGAUUUAAGUAGAAUGUUUGUAUAAAGUUGGGAAAAAUCUUUUGAGAUAAAUUUACAAUUAAUGAAUCAAGAUACAAAAUUAUCAAAAUUUAAAUCAAACCUAAAAGCAUAAUUAUUUUGUAUUAAACCUAAGGAUCAGAUAAUGGCUUAUGUCAAAACUGAAACUCAAUCUAUCAUUCUUUUUAAUAUUUAAAAUGAAAAAUAAAUAGGAAAAGUAUUAAUAAAUGCUUAAAAUAAAUAAGUAGAGGCGCUAUGUUUUUCUCCAACUUAAAAUAUUUUAGUUGUUGGCUAUUAAAAUGUAUAGUUAUUAGUUUGGGAUUUAGACAAUUACGAAAAUCAAUAAAUCGCUUUAUAAAAAGAUAUUUUUGAAGACUAAUAAAAACAUUUAGAUUUAGAAUUUUCCUAUAUACAAUAAACAACUUAGGAAGAGAAGAAAAAUACAUUUAAAUCAUUGAUUUUUUCACCUAAUGGAAAAUUAUUUGCAAUAAAUGGCUUUAGUAAUCUUUAUGUUUAUGAGACUUAAACAUGGAAUCUAAUAAAAUUUAAAAUGGAUCUAACAAUAGAGUAAAUUAGUUUUUCACAUGAUAGCAAAUUUAUGGUAGUUAAUCAUAAUAAUUCUAUCAAUAUGUGGGAUGUUGAGAAUAAUUAUUUAUUAAUUUAGCUACCUUCUAUUUCAUUUCGUUUUUUUCAUUUACAAAUGUUUUUCACUCUAAAAAGUAACAUUCAUUUAUAUACAAAUUAUGAUUCAGCAAUACUGAUUGAUAUUUCAACAUCAGAGCCAAGGGAAAGCAAAAAAUUAAAUGAUUCUAUUAAUUAAGUAUCAUUCUCAUAAAAUAAUUGCAUAAUAGCAACUUCUACACAAUUAUAAUCUUACACUUUAAUUCGAAUUUUUGAUUAUUCAAAUGAUGAAUUAGAACUAGUAGCAAGUUAAAUAUUUUUUUUUUAAAUAACUUUCAUCUCUUUUAUAAAUAAUGAUUAAGAACUAUUAUUGUAAAUUUAUGAAAAAGAUGAGUACUUAAUAAAUGUAUAUUAGAUAAGCUAGUUUUAAAUCAAGGGUAUUAUAAAUUAACAAUUUUCAUGUGGAGCUUUUUCGAAAAACAAUCAACUAAUUGCAUUAGGAGCCUGUUAUAGUAAGGAUAUUACUCUUUUUACAAGUAAAUUAAAUAAAUUUGAAAAUUAUAUUGACAUAGCAAGAAGUGAUUCAAUAACUUUUGUUUAAUUUAUAUAAGAUGAUAACCUAAUUGUUUCUGGAAGUAAGAAAGGUGUAAUAGAAUUUUGGAACUAUUUAGAGAAAUACAGUUAAUACAAUAGGAUGCUCUAAAUUUCAAGUCAUUCAAUUUAGCAAAUUAAAUUUAUAAAAAAUGAUUCAAUUUUAAUAUGCUUGGAUGAAUAAUAAAAUCUAUCAAUAUUCAAGGCAUCAUAUAAUUAAAAUAAUGUGGAUUUGAGUUUUAUUGGGUAUUAUGAAGAAAUUAAUUCUUUUUCAGUUUCUAUUGAUGGGGAAAGAUUAAUUGGUAUUAGAAAUAAUAGAUAAAUUAUGAAUUUGAAAGAUUCAAAUUGUGAUUUAUUCUUUAUUUAAGAAAAAAUCGAAAAAAUUUAUUUUUCUUUUUGUAAAAACUUUUAAUCGUUUUAAGUCACAAUUCAUAUGAGCGACUAAUAAGUUUUUAUUCCAAAGAUUCAGAAUUUAAAAAAAAACAUUAAUAAAUAUUAGAUAUAUAAGAUGCUGAUCUUCAUCCUAGGUUGAAUUUAUUAGCAAUAUUUACAAAGUGUUAAAUUUAAUUAGUUUAAUUUUCAGCUGUUAAAUAAGAAGUCAUUUUUUCACUCUUUCCUGCCACCCCAUAUUUUUACGAUAAUAUUUCAGGAUGUUAGCGAUUAAAAUUUACUGAAAAUGGUUAACUAUUAGUGCUUAUAGAUCGUAGCAUAAUUCGUUGGUAUUUAGUAUAGGAAAAUAAAACUUUAAAGGUUUUGGGUUUUAUUACAACUGCAUAUUAUGGAGAGAAAUUGUUAAGAGUAUACUUGUUUAAUAGUCAAUAUUUAGCUUAUAUUUCAAAUUUAAAUAGUGGAUUAAGAAGGGUUAAUGUCCCAGAAAGAGAUGAAAAUAUUACAGUUUUGAAUAUUCUAGAAUAGAAUUUUUAAUUCUAAUUAAAACCUUGUAACAUUUAAUUGGAUUCUUAAUAAUUUUCUAUUAGUUUGGAAGAACAGAUUGUUUACUUUCAUAGUUCUUUAACUGUUUAUGCACUUGAUAUUUAAAAUAUGAUAAUGUAUGAAAUUAAUUAAAAGUCUGAAAAAUAUUCAAAACUUAAAAUAGAACAUAUUUAAGCCAUAGAUAAUAGAUCAUUGAUAAUUGUUUCUUAUGAUUAUAAUAAUUAAGUUAGAAUUUGUUAAUAGUUGAAUUGGAAUCUUAAUAAAUAGAAUUAAAUAGAUUAAAAUCAAUUUGAAAUAGGAAUAUUUUCGAAGAAAUUAAUUGGAGGCAGUUAUUUUCCUAAAUAAUAGUUGUGGGCUGUAAUUUUUGAAAACGAUAUAAUUAUUUAAAUCUUGAAUAUUAAAGCAAAGAAAAUAAUCAAUAUUUUUUAAGGACAUCGUUAAAUAAUUAAUUAAUUAACUUUUUCAAGUGAUGGACUUAUUUUAGCAUCUGCUAGUGAAGAUUAAUCUAUUAGACUUUGGAAUAUUGAUUUUAUUGAAUAAAUUGAUCCUUCUGUUGGCCAUAGAGAUACAAUUACUGAUAUUGCUUUUUCUAAAGAUGGACUUUUAGUUGCUUCAUGUAGUCGUGAUAAAACUAUAAUAUUAUGGGAUCUUUUAGAAAAGAAAUUUAUUGUUCAACUAGAAGGUCAUGAAGGAAUAAUAAAUUGCCUUUAAAUUUCUUAUUGUUCUAAAUUUUUAUAUUCUGCAAGUGAAGACAUGUCUAUUAGAGUAUGGAAUAUUGAAAAUCCAUGGUAAUCAAAAUUAAUUAAUAUCUAUUAUUUUAAUGAUUUUCCUAUUAAAUCUUUUUGCUUAUCACCAAUUGAUAACAAUAUUUUUACAAUUCGUUACAAUAAUGCCAUUUAAAUUAUCAAUAAAGAGGAUAUUUAAAAUUUUUAUGAUUUAUUACCAUAUGGCCAUUAGCUAAAAUUUAUCAAUAAUGAUGAAUUAAUUUAUUUAAUUGUAGAUGAGUCUGCUAAAUAUGGUUCAAAUUAUUAUUACAAUUUAUUAAUUUAUGAUACAAAUAAUAGAAAAUCAACACUAAUAAAAUAAAAAUAUCGAGAUACUACUUAAAUUAUAUGCUCAAAUAUUAAUUUAGUUUUUAUAUUAGAAAUUAAGAAUUAUGAAGAAGGAGAAAUCUUCAUAUUAGAGAAAUGCUAGAAUUAAAAAUGGAUUGAUAACAAUGAUUUUUAUUUACCAUUAGCUAAAAUGAUAAUGUUAUCUCCAGACAACUAAACUUUAGUUAUAUAAACUAAAAAAUUUCUGUCCUUUUGGAAAUAUUAAUUUGAAAAAAAGAGAGUUUUAGAUAAAUCUUAUGAUUUAAGAGGGUUUCUCACAGUAAGUAAAAGGAUUUUUUUUUUAGAAUCUUUUGUUUUGUUUUCUAAAGAAGAUAAUCUAAUUAUAUGGUUUGAUUUUAAUUUAGGACCUGAAAAUUACUAAAUCUUUGAUGGAAUUAAACAAUUUAAACCUGAAUAAAGAUAUAGCAUAGAAGAAAUAUAAGUGUCAUUCGAUAUGAAAUAUAUAGCAGUAGUUUUUGAAUAAGAAUGUUCAAUGAUAUAUUUUUGGGAGGUUAUGUAACCUAACUAAAUUAAUUAGUUAUCUGCCAGAGAAGAUUUUAAAAUAAUUACUUUCAAGUUUGAUUCUAACUUUAUUUAUUCAGCAUAUAGCACUUGUGAAAUAGUAAAAUGGAAUUUACAAACAUUUGAGCCUCAAGUUUAUAUUCAAUUUUAAAUUCCAGAUAUAUAAAGAACUAAACAAAGAAUCCUUUUUUCAUCUCAAUUUAAUUAUUAAUUUAUAAUAUAAGAAUUCGUAAGAUAAAAAGUAAUUUUUUUUGAUCUAAAAAAAAAAGACUUUAGGAAUGAAUAUAUAGAAAGGAUAUAAAAGGCACAUACCUUUAGUUUUUCAGAAGAUGAAACAUUAGUAGCUUAUGCAAAUCAGAAUGAAUUGUGUCUAUGCAGUAUUUUGAACUCUAAUUUAAUUGAAUUAGAUACAAUAUAAUUGAUUUUAGAAGCAGUUACUGUUGAAACUAUUAAAUUUUAUUAAAAUGAGAGAUUAUUUGUUUAGUAUAGUUAUGGUAAUCAAUUAUUUCGUCCAGAACAUUAUAUCCUCUCUGUAUAUGAAAUUUAAAAGGGUUAAAAGGGUUAAAAUUUAAGAAUUUUAGAUUGUUUUUUAAUAAAGGAAUUUAUUAGAAAUUUUAAAUAUGAUUCAAUCAAAUAAUAGCUUGUUGUAGUUAGUGAAACUUAGAUUUAUUAUUUUAAUAUUUUAAAUAGAAUAAUAGGAGAACCAAUUAAAACUAAUGCUUAUGCUAAAUACUGUUUUUCUUCCGAUUCAUAAUAUUUUGCAUUAUUAAAUUCAAAUUUGAGUUUAAUAGAAACAACAAAUUUUGAAGAAAUUUAGAAUUUUCCUUUUUAAGGUGAAGCAUUAGAUUUUGUAAAAGGCAAUGAAAAUCUUAUCUUGGCCCUUGUCUAAAAAAAAUCUUUGAGUUUCUUAGAUUUCUCAAACUUAAAUGAUAUUAAAGAGGUACAAAGAUUAAAUUUUGAAAAUGAUAUCAAUUCUGUUUAACUAACAUCCAAAUAUUGUUUAAUAAAGCAUGAUGAAUAUUGUUUUUCGAUAUAUGACAUCUAAAAUUUAUCAAAUAUAAUUAAAUCUGAUGUCUAUAGUGGUAAACAUGGAAUUUUAUCAAACAAUAGUUAAUUUUUAGCUUAUUCAAAUGGAAGAAACUGUAAGAUAAUAAAUACAUAUACUAAACGUCUUUAUGAAAAUGAAGAAUAAGAUAAUAAUUUAAACUUUAUUUCACAAUCACCAAGUGGACAAUAUUUUGCAAUAUAAUAGAAAAAUUCAGUUAAAAUUAUUGAAUACAAUUCUUUUAAAAUUAUUGAGCCAUCGCCUUUAGCUCAAAUGUUAAUCGAUUUUUCUGAAAAUUGGAAAUAUAUGGCUUUUUGUGAUAUGGGUAAGAUAAAAAUAACAGAAAUAAAAAAUGAAUGCUAAUUUUUAGAAAACCAACAAUUAGAACUGCAUAUAGAAAAUUAUUCUGUACUUACAUUAUCUUUAUCUCUAAUUGGAAAUUAUCUUGCUUCUGGGAAUGUAAAUGAUAUAAAAACGGAGUGUAAGAUAUUUUUAUGGGAUGUAGAAAAAUGUAAAUUAAUAGCUUAGAGUGGAAAUUUAGAUUCUUAUGUAUAACAUAUAAAAUUCUGUCCUGAUGGUCUUACAUUUGCAGCAGCAUUAGAAAAUGGCCCUUUACAUUUAUAUUAAAUAAAAUAAAAUUUUGAAAAAACAUCUAUUUCAUGCUUUAAAUCAAUAGCAAAAUAAUCAAAUUUAUUAGCUCAUUAAUGUAUUCUAUCUAAAUAGUCCUAAGUAUAAAAAUCUUAGAAUUCAAUAAUAGAAUUAUUCAAAUAAAAAGGGGCCAUAGUCUAAAAUAAUUGA